GCGCCGCCCUCGGGGCCCGCCCUCAUCUGCCUGGUGGCGCCGGGAGGCUGUUUUUCCACUCACUGGCGCGCAGACUCCAUCCCACUGUUUUCUUCUCUCUUUUCUGGAGUUAGAUUAGUCUGAAGCCGCCACCAGCCCCAGGCCCCCGUGCAGAAGAAAAGCGGGAGGGAACGGCAGAGGCCGCCGCUGCCCUGCACCGCCCUCCUGGAGGCCACUUGGAGAGUCCGGCCCCGAGGAGGCCAUGGCCACAAGUGCCCACAGCUGGCCCCAGGUUGCCAGCGUCGCUACAGCCCAGACCAAGGCAGAAUAAUCUCCGGAUGAGCUGGUGGCACCGCUGAGCCUUUGGUCUCACCAGGGCUUCCUGUUGCUGGCAGGCGGGGUGGAGCGGGGCUGCUGGGAGGCUGCUGGAUAGGAGAGGGGUCACGGCUGCGGAAGAGGAGGUUCUUCAGGACGCUCGUGGAUGGACACGGCAAGGAAAGAGCAAGGCUCAGGAUGAUUUAUCCUCUUUUCACUGAUGAGGAAUCUGAGGCCCAGAGAACAGUCAUGAAGUGUGAUCAGACCCUGAGGUCUCCAAAAAGAUAAUGUCCUUGCGAACUCCAGGGAUUCUGGCAUCUUGCUGUACCCACCCCAGCCCACACGGCAGGAUCCUAUCCAAGUCCCUUAUCCACCCGGACACUCACUCUAUAGCUUUUACACCCUCAAGGCUGAGACCCUAAGGACACGCCCUGGAUCCAAGGAGUCCCUGGCCCCUCUGCUAAUAUGCGCCACCUGGACUCCCAGAGGGAAAGCCGGUCAGCACCCCACAUGCAUUAGCACCAUGGGCCACCCCCAAGCCCUACCCCAGGAGAAGCUCAUGGUGGCAAAAAGAACCUAAGCAUUUGAGGCAGGUCACCCAAGCUUGAAUCUCAGUCUGCCUCUCAUCUGUGACCCUGGCGAGCCACUCGUCCUCAGGAAGCCUUCACUUUCCCUAGUGCAUGGCGGGCACACAGCUCAACGUGGGACUGUGAGGAUGGGAAAUGAGGGGUGCCAUGCGCCCUGGAGGAACUCAGUGAACAGUGGCAACUGUCACUUCCCUGGGGCCCUGCGGUCCUUCCUUUCUCCCCAGCCUGUCCACACUAGCAUCUUCCUCAACUCCUGGUUUUCAGAGGGAAACACUUAUCGGUCAUCUGCUCCACAGGAAACACCAGGCCAACCACAGCUGGGGAUAAAAUAGCACAACCACACCCUGCCGUCCAGCGCCUCCCAUCCUGUGCCCCUUCCUAGUACCACCAGCAACCAUCAAUCCCGUCUCCUCCUGCCUCCUCUCCUGCAAUCCACCCCGCCACGACUAUCGCCAUGGCAGCCCUGAUCGCAGAGAACUUCCGCUUCCUGUCACUUUUCUUCAAGAGCAAGGAUGUGAUGAUUUUCAACGGCCUGGUGGCACUGGGCACGGUGGGCAGCCAGGAGCUGUUCUCUGUGGUGGCCUUCCACUGCCCCUGCUCGCCGGCCCGGAACUACCUGUACGGGCUGGCAGCCAUCGGCGUGCCCGCCCUGGUGCUCUUCAUCAUUGGCAUCAUCCUCAACAACCACACCUGGAACCUCGUGGCCGAGUGCCAGCACCGGAGGACCAAGAACUGCUCCGCCGCCCCCACCUUCCUCCUUCUAAGCUCCAUCCUGGGACGUGCGGCUGUGGCCCCUGUCACCUGGUCUGUCAUCUCCCUGCUGCGUGGUGAGGCUUAUGUCUGUGCUCUCAGUGAGUUCGUGGACCCUUCCUCACUCACGGCCAGGGAAGAGCACUUCCCAUCAGCCCAUGCCACUGAAAUCCUGGCCAGGUUCCCCUGCAAGGAGAACCCUGACAACCUGUCAGACUUCCGGGAGGAGGUCAGCCGCAGGCUCAGGUAUGAGUCCCAGCUCUUUGGAUGGCUGCUCAUCGGCGUGGUGGCCAUCCUGGUGUUCCUGACCAAGUGCCUCAAGCAUUACUGCUCACCACUCAGCUACCGCCAGGAGGCCUACUGGGCGCAGUACCGCGCCAAUGAGGACCAGCUGUUCCAGCGCACGGCCGAGGUGCACUCUCGGGUGCUCGCUGCCAACAAUGUGCGCCGCUUCUUUGGCUUUGUGGCGCUCAACAAAGAUGAUGAGGAACUGGUUGCCAACUUCCCAGUGGAAGGCACGCAGCCACGGCCACAGUGGAAUGCCAUCACCGGCGUCUACUUGUACCGUGAGAACCAGGGCCUCCCACUCUACAGCCGCCUGCACAAGUGGGCCCAGGGUCUGGCAGGCAACGGCGCGGCCCCUGACAACGUGGAGAUGGCCCUGCUCCCCUCCUAAGGAGCUGCUUCCCAUGCUCUUUGUAAAUGGCACUACUUGGUCCCAAACUGAACCCCACUGCUUGCUCACAUCCAUAUCAGAAGGGGAUUUUUUAAAAACUGUUAUCUUCUUGGCCAGGGGAAAGGACCACAAGGCAAUCUGGGGUGUGGACAGACCCAGUAGACAAUGGAAGCCCCAGCCAGCAGGGCCAGGUGACAGUGAAGCUCACCAGUGGGCUCCUUUAUGGUACUCUAUGCAGUUAACGUGUCUAGCUGCAUAGGGACACCCAGCGCAGCAGUGCACCACUGGGAAGUGGCCUCCAGUGCAGCCUCUGGCCUUAUUUUAUAUAUUUACAUUUUUGAUAAAGUUUUUCUUACUAAAAGGA